AUGCGUGGAUUUACCAUCGUUUUAGCCGUGCUAGUCGCACUGGUUCUCGCCUAUCAAACGGAUGCUGCCGCAAUUGAUGAAUCACCGCAACUAACUGCCGCUGUAGAGGAGCCAAAGGCUCCCACCAAUCUCUUGGAUGUCGAUGCAGGCGCAGAGCAUAGCAACGAUUCGCCCCGGGGCUCACGUCAUUAUGGCUACGGUUGGGCAUAUGGUUGGGGUCACCCAUGGAGUUACUAUAGCAACAGCUGGGGACGUCCAUGGGGCGGUUACGGCUGGGGUGCUUGGGGUGGUUAUGGUGGUUGGGGCCGUCCCUGGAACUACUGGGGCUAA